CUCUCCACUCAUCUUCCAUCAUUACUCCACUAAGAGAAGAGAGUGAUUCAAUUUAACGGAUACGGAGAGGAGAGAUAAUGGAGGUGAGAGGGGUUCUGUUAGCCACACUAACGAUCGUGUUGGCCGCCGUUACUUUUUCCGUUAACGCUUGCUCGCCGGCCGACCUGGCGGCCCUGCUAGACGUGAAGGCGGCUCUGGACGAGCCUUACUUGGGCAUCUUCGAUACUUGGAGUGGUACCAAAUGCUGCUCCGGCUGGUACGGCGUCACGUGCGACCCGACUACCAACCGGGUCGCCGACAUUAGUCUCCGAGGAGAGUCCGAGGAUAAGAUCUUAGUCAAAGCCGGCCGGUCCGGGUACAUGAAGGGCUGGAUUUCUCCCUCCGUUUGCAAGCUCGAUCGUCUCAGUACUCUAAUCCUCGCUGACUGGAAGGCCAUUUCCGGCGAGAUUCCGCCCUGUAUCACCGCGCUCUCCAAUCUCCGGAUUCUCGACCUCACCGGGAACCAAAUCACCGGCCAAAUCCCCGCCGACAUUGGGGAGCUCAGUAAACUCACAGUUCUAAAUCUCGCCGACAAUCAAAUCUCCGGUUUAAUCCCCCACUCCAUUGUCAACCUGGGAAGCUUAAAACACCUAGAUCUCAGCGCCAACAAGCUCACCGGAGAACUCCCAUCGGAUCUCGGAAAACUCACCAUGAUGAGCCGGGCACUCCUCCACAAAAACCAACUCACCGGUCCAAUCCCCACCUCGACCGCCAACCUCCGCCGGCUCGCAGAUCUCGACUUAUCAAUGAACCACUUCAUCGGUAAAAUCCCGGACUACCUCGGCUCGAUGCCGGUUCUCUCCACCCUAAACCUCGACAGCAACCAGUUUUCCGGCUCAAUACCCACCGGUCUGAUUAGCAACUCCGGUUUAAACAUCUUAAACCUAAGCCGGAACUCCAUAGAAGGCGAACUCCCCGAUGUUUUCGGGCCAAGCACAUAUUUCACCGCUCUCGAUCUCUCCCACAACAACCUUCGAGGUUUAAUUCCCAAAUCCUUAUCCUCCGCUAAGUACAUCGGCCACUUGGAUCUCAGCAACAACCACCUCUGCGGCACUAUUCCGACCGGUUCGCCCUUCGACCACCUCGAGGCCUCCUCGUUCGCCAACAACGAUUGCCUGUGCGGAUCGCCGUUACGUACUUGUUAAUUAUCUUCGAGUCAUUUUUUUUAUGGUUUUAAUUAACCGACAAUAAUUCACUCGGUUGCUAUAAAUUAUAUGUGCACUGUUACUAUAUUAUUAGCUGUAAGUUUUUCGUUUUCUUUUAAUGUUGUUAUAGUGAUCUUUUAUGGGUGUGAUGUGGAUGACUUUGUUGCGUCAUGCAUGCACGUGAAAUAUUUGUAUACUUUUAUGAAAGAAGCAAAAUGUAGUUGAAAAUUUGAAGGGCAAAAACCAUGUAAUAUCUCUCUGCCUAUAUAGCAUGAAAUUUUCUAUAA